UCUUCAGUCGUCUCUCUUAAUAAAGCAAAACGAAGGCCCCCAGAGAGAGAGAGAGAGAGAGAGAGAGAGAGAGGGCUUUUGCAUUCGCGGUUGCAUCGGAGAGAGGAUGGACGACCAAGAAUUCAAGCGCCUCCUAGAUCUCUUCCCUCUCGUCCGAUCCCGCGACUACUGUGCUGAUGAAGAUUCUUCAGGACAGUCGACCUCUCAGUCAACAAGAGAUAGUUUGGUGAAGGAAUUGCGAGGUCCAUUGGCUGAGGUCGAGGACAGUGAACCAAGGACUGUUAUAGAACAGUCUGAUGCAUUCUGGGGGAAGCUACUAUUGGCUGCUGAGAGGAAGGUCGGUGCUGCUGAGGCGGAGAGGUUUUGCGAAGUCUUUCAACAAGUUCAUAGGAAACUGGUAUAUGAAGAACUGACGUUAGACGCUGCACAGAAAUUCAUAAACUCGUCAAGAAGUCCGAGCGAGUAGCUCCUUCCUGGAUUGAUCUCUUUUAUAUCCGGUCCUUGUACUUAAAGUCGUUAACGUUUCCUCCCUUAUCUUCAGCUUAGUUGUUCUUGUGUACUAUCAUUUCCCAAACCUGUGGAACGGGAGAGCAUAGUUUAAUUAAAGGUAGGCCACUGCACAUUGAACAGAUGAUUGUCUACAAUCAUUUGGGGUUUGCUCGACGGAAGGAGAAAAGACCAGAAUUGGCAACAGCAAGGUUGGUGGUGAGUAAAGGAGCUCCAACUGACCUUGCAAGCGGUUGCUUUGUACCAUGUUAACGUUGGUUAUCUUUGCAUCUUUAAAUCGAUGUACGAUGAAUCCGAGAAAGAGAUGCGGCAAAAUUAUCU